CCGCGAGGCCGGGGAGGCGGCGGCAUAGGGUCGCCCGGCCCGGCGGGCGGGGUAGCGCCUGGUGGCGGUCCCCGUGCCGAGGCGUCGCUAGGGCGGGCGGGGAACGGGACGCCGGGCCGGGGGCACGUCAUGUGGCCGCUCACGGUCCCGCCGCCGCCGCCGCCGCCGCCGCUGCCGCUGCCGCUGCUGCUGCUGCUGUGUUCAGGCCUCGCCGGACAGGACCCACAUACGGGCUGGGAUGGGAAGUGUGCUCAGAGCCAAGCAUCAGGCCACACACACUGGGUGCUCAACUGAUAUGUGAGCCCCAAAGAAGUAAAGAGAGUCAGCUGAGCGAGAGAUGAGAGACCGAAAGAGGAAUGGUGGUGUUGAUGCUGAGCCGAAGAUGAAGGAGCUGGGGCGACACCUAGUGGUAGAAUGAGGUUGGGUUCCUGAGAAGCAGAACCCAAGACAGGGAUUUGGAGCACAUGACUAAUUACCCUCUUCCAAAGCCCAGAGGAAGGCUGGCAGCUGUACACCUCGGCCCAGGCUCCCGACGGAAAAUGCAUCUGCACGGCCGUGAUCCCCGCGCAGAGCACCUGCUCCCGCGAUGGCCGAAGCCGGGAGCUGCGGCAGAUGAUGGAGAAGGUUCAGAACGUCUCCCAGUCCAUGGAGGUCCUUGAGUUGAGGACGUACCGUGACCUCCAGUACGUGCGAAGCAUGGAGACCCUCAUGCGGAGCCUGGAUGCGAGGCUCCGGGCGGCCGACGGGUCCCUUUCGGCCAAGAGCUUCCAGGAGAUGAAGGACAGGAUGACGGAGCUGUUGCCCCUGAGCUCGGUCCUGGAGCAGUACAAGGCGGACAUGAGGACCAUUGUGCGCCUGCGGGAGGAGGUGAGGAAUCUCUCCGGCAGCCUUGCAGCCAUCCAGGAGGAGAUGGGCGCCUACGGCUACGGGGACCUGCAGCAGCGGGUGAUGGCACUGGAGGCCCGGCUCCACGCCUGUGCCCAGAAGCUGGGCUGUGGGAAGCUGACGGGGGUCAGUAACCCCAUCACCAUUCGGGCCAUGGGGUCCCGCUUCGGCUCCUGGAUGACUGACACGAUGGCCCCCAGUGCGGAUAGCCGGGUCUGGUACAUGGAUGGCUAUUACAAGGGCCGGCGGGUCCUGGAGUUCCGUACUCUGGGAGACUUCAUCAAAGGCCAGAACUUUAUCCAGCACCUGCUGCCCCAGCCGUGGGCAGGCACGGGCCACGUGGUGUACAAUGGCUCCCUGUUCUACAACAAGUACCAGAGCAACGUGGUGGUCAAGUACCACUUCCGCUCGCGUUCCGUGCUGGUGCAGAGGAGCCUCCCUGGGGCCGGCUAUAAUAACACCUUCCCCUACUCCUGGGGUGGCUUCUCGGACAUGGACUUCAUGGUGGACGAGAGUGGGCUCUGGGCCGUGUACACCACCAACCAGAACGCAGGCAACAUCGUGGUCAGCCGGCUGGACCCGCACACCCUCGAGGUCGUGCGGUCCUGGGACACCGGUUACCCCAAGCGCAGCGCCGGCGAGGCCUUCAUGAUCUGUGGCGUGCUCUACGUGACCAACUCCCACCUGGCCGGGGCCAAGGUCUACUUCGCCUACUUCACCAACACGUCCAGCUACGAGUACACAGACGUGCCCUUCCACAACCAGUACUCCCACAUCUCCAUGCUGGAUUACAACCCCCGCGAGCGGGCCCUCUACACCUGGAACAAUGGCCACCAGGUGCUCUACAAUGUCACCCUCUUCCACGUCAUCAGCAGCGCUGGGGGCCCCUAGGGGCUGCCGUCGUCGCUCACGCAGCCACGUGAGGGCCACGGGAGCCCUUUCUACUCCGCCUGUGUCCUUCCAAAUUUAUCUUUCUGUCUGUGUCCUGCCCUCUCUCUCUCUCUCCCUCUCCCCUCCUGUACUGUUUUUUCUCCCUCCACCUUUGCGCCCAGCUUUCAUUCUCUGCUUCUGUUGUCAGUGCGUUUUCUCAGUAUUGUCUCUUCUUUAUUGAUCUCUGAUUUUGAUACUUCGCUUUCUGUUUAUUGAGGCCUCUCUAUCUUUUAUUCGAUGUGACUCUCCAGCUAUCUCUGCCUGUCUCUCUCCCUCCCUCCCUUCCCUCUUUGCGUCCCACUCAGUCCUCCUCCUCCUGGCUUCACGUCCCCUCCUCCCGACCCAAGGAGUUGAGUGCAUGGAUGUUUAUUUUAUUUACACCUUUUCUUUCCGGGUUGCUGGAAUAAACGGGACCUUUGACAUUUCA